GCGACCAAUCUCGGAGUGGAGAGAGAAAAUCUGGAGCGGGCGCGUUUGUGUCUCUUUACGCACGUACGUUACGCACUGGGAUUUACUGGAUUUAAAGAGAUAUUUGGGCAUUUUAAGGAAUAAACAGCUUCACCAUGUUACUAAAUAUAAAGCAGAUCCUGUGGUUAUAUUGUCUCUGUGAAGUUGCCACUGCAAACGUCGCCAACACAUUGUCAAUCAUCAAGCCAGUCACUGGGUCCCUCUCCGGGAUGGUUAACCUUCCCUGUUUCUUCUCCACUAUUCCAACCUCGUCACCGGUCAACCCGAAUGCCAGCGUCCUUUCUUCUAUAGACUACUUACGCAUCAAAUGGACCAAAAUAAAGGGAGAUGUGGAAUCAACCGUGUUAGUGGCACAAAACGGGGUCAUCAAAAUUGGCUCCGGCUACAGGAACCGAGUAUCAGUGCCCAGUCACCCUGAGGAUGUGGGGGACGCCUCGUUGACGAUGGUCAAGUUGCGCGCUAGUGAUGCGGGCACGUAUCGCUGUGAGGUCAUGUUCGGCAUUGAGGACACCAGAGAUACAGUUAAUCUCAAUGUUGAUGGGGUCGUCUUUCACUACCGUGCCAACACCAGCAGGUACACGUUAGACUACGAGAAGGCGGUUGAAGCUUGCCGCAACAUCGACGCCACCAUCGCUACGUACGACCAACUGAAAGCAGCAUACGAGGAUGGUUUUGAUCAGUGUGAUGCCGGCUGGAUUGCUGACCAGACAGUAAGAUAUCCAAUCCUAAAGCCCAGAACGGGUUGCUACGGCAAUCUACGGACUAAACCUGGUGUCAGGUCAUAUGGAACCAGGAAACCUACAGAGACAUAUGAUGUGUACUGCUAUGUGGAUAAACUUUAUGGUGACGUAUUUUACGCCCCCGUGUCCCAGAAAAUGACUUUUGAGGAAGCUAAGCAAGAAUGUCAGAGGAGGGAUAGCGAACUUGCAACACCCGGUCAGCUUCACGCUGCUUGGCGGCGAGGUCUCGACAAGUGUGACUACGGCUGGCUUUCGGACGGCAGUGCACGAUAUCCUGUUGCUGUACCCAAAAUCCAGUGUGGGGGAGGCCUGCUGGGGGUUCGGACUAUGUAUCGCUACAAGAACCAAAGUGGAUUCCCAGAACCGACGACUCGGCUCGGCGCUUACUGUUUCAAAGGUUGGAAACUGAUGUUCAACCAAACUUCUUAUGUGGACCUAACAGCAGCAAACAUUACCAGCACGGUCUUCAGUUCCUCUCCCAUUCCUUCACUUGAGGCUAGCAUGGUCACUCGGACCCAAACUUCUGAACAUUGGACAGAGGCUGAAGUAGACUCGGCAGUUCAUUCUAACCCGCCGUCAAUGUUUUCCACUAGUAUGAUUCCGCCACGACCCACUCCAGCAGAUAAAGAAGAGGAGUUAUUCCCUACAGUGACACCAACCAUUAUAGACGACCAUGAAGACAUUGAUGAUCUGACACCAGUAGACCUGGACUUUGAUGUUGAUGACUUUGUACAUGAGAAUGUAACUUAUGUUGAAUCUGUUCCCUAUCGCGGCGAUGCAAUACAUGAGCUUGACAUUACUGACAGAACGGAGUCAAUGUCCAAAGCAACGGAAGAACCAGACGAUCAUACAGUGAUUCAGAUCAGCACAAUAGAAUCCGACGCAGUACUACAAGAUGCCUCUCCUACCAGAGAGCCAAUGUUUGCUGGCGGAGAAACUGAAGAAUCCGUUGUGAACGCUAAUCUCACCGACCUGGCAACAGAAUCCACUAAUGUGACAACUGAAGAAGUUUUCCGUUUCCCACCAGCUGGACCGACACCAGCAUUCUAUGAUGGUGACACUGAUGAGAUGGAGACAAAUUUACUUGUAGAGGCACUGCCACCCACGCAGUCAUCACAGGACUUCUUGCUCAGCACAGAUGCGACGGACAGCCCUACCACCACAGCCAUUCCCACAAGCACUACAGUCAUGUGCAACACUAAACCUGGCACUGAGGUGGACAUCAGCGACCCGGACCGUUCACUACCGCAAACAACCACGCGGAACAAAGUUCUUUUACAGGACGUCUUAACACCAGAAGAAAGCGUGCUGGAACCUGGAACAGGCGCUCCUAUUAUCAUCAAACACACAACAUCCGGUGACGCGUCGACAAGUGUUUUUGAUGAGUCUAGCAGUCAAACUUCAACGCAAAGUGGUGACAACCUCACGCAGAUUGACACAACAACAGACAUUGAUGCAGAGUUCUUCACUACGACCGUUCCUGUGAUUUCAACUGCGGGCAGAAGCAGCACUGUCUCUCCGGAAAGAACGAUCACAAAGGAAGAGUUUAUCAAAGAGACCACUGUCAUGCAGAAGCAGAACACAUCAGUUGACCAGAUUCUACAGUCACAAAACUCUCAGUCAACUGUCCUGCCUGACCGCAACACUCCCUCAAUAGUAGAUGGUGUGCCCAUUCUACAAAGUGGACACCCAGAAUUGUCCCCUGCCACUGUAACUACCACGGAAAUCGUUCGCUUUAUUAACGGGAAACAUGAGAUAACACUUGAUCCACUGAGUCCUGGAGAAAGAGAAGUCAAAGGAACCCAGAUUUUGAUCAGAGAAACACUAAACCUAGAUGACCCUGACUUUAAUAUUGUCCCAGUUGUGGAAACAAAACCUCCUCAUAAUUUUCCUGAAAACAAAGACGACAUACCAUCUGCUGCAACUACAACUUUGAGCGACACAAUAUCAUUUGAAACCACACCAAAAGCUAGCCCAGCGAUGUUGGAUGCAGCAUCUUCUUCUGCUAAUUUGUUUUCAACUGUAUUGCCAAAUAUGUCCAAAAUAACUGAGGACACCCAAGUAUCCUUGGAAGAUAAGGCAACCUCUGAUGCCAGCACCACAUCUGAACCAGUAGAAGGCAAUGAGUCAUUGGGUGCUCCCGCAACUAUGAAGGGUGACUCACAAGUGACUCAGACAGAACAAACUGAGGAUCCGUCCCUUUUUACAACAGAUCUUCACACAGACAGAAACAUUGCUGAGGCCACAGUAGAAAUAAAAAGCGCAUCUGCCACAACAGCUGCUGAAGAUUCCUCUCAAUUUUCUCUGCAAACAGUGUACACUCCCUCUUCUGAUAAUGCCGAUGGGAAAACAACAAGCACACAGAGCAGUGUCACAGAAGGGACAUUAAAACCACCUACAACUCAAGGGGCAGCAACCAUUUCUUCUGCCAAAAAACUAACAUCAAUGUCAUCUUCUAUGUUUAGUCCAUCGUCAAGUACAUUUUCUAUUUAUAGCACCGAGAGUUCAACAGUUCCCACAGCCAAAAAUGAAUUUCAAGAUGGUUCAGGUGACCUAACUCAAGACACAAUCAUUGAGUUUUCUUCUUUGACUGCGACUCCUGCUCUCUACAGUACUAAGGUAUCUUCUGUGGAAGCAUCAACUGCCCCAGAGAUUGAGGUUGUUUCAAAUUUGACAGCUGAAACACAAUCAUUAUCAAUCGUAAAUACUUUAUCAGAAGGUUCUGGAGACACGACCAUAGACCUAUCUGGAGAAUCAUUGAUUUCAACCACUUCCACUUCAAUAAUUAGAAGUAACACCCAAGUCGUAAUAACUAGCACUGAGAGCUCAUCGGUACCACCAGAGACAAAGUCAACAAAGUCCAGUGGUCAACAAAUUAGCCAGAUCACUCCAUCUCUAGUUACUUCAUUUAAUAGUCCAGUGAAACCUACAGAUAUGCCACUUGAGGAAAAUACAUCCAAAAACAAUACUGAAUCCCCAAAGUCAAUUUCAUAUCAAACAACAGAAAGCAAUGAAUCAUCAUCAGUUAAAGAAGAACCUUCAACCUCAGGGUCUCCUACUGUUUCUUCUAUUGCAUCGUCUACAGUUUCGGAUAUUGAAGCUAAAUCAAGUGAGACUGUGAUGGUAGAGUCUAUUCCCUUCUUCAGUAGAUCUACUUUCCAACCUGAAACCGCAAAAUUUCCCACUUCAACAAACACAAAGAGGUCCGGGGACUCAGAAAUCACAACACCUGCUGUUUCUCCAAUGUUAAGUACAGCGAAAUCAGACGCGGCAAUAUCAGCUUCAGGCUCAACAACAGGUGGAACAUCUUUUAUGACCUCAACAGAUCAACAUGCUCAAGAUAUUGAAGAGGAAAAUGUGAGCACUAAGUCCAUUCCAUCUUUCAUUGGCUCAAGUAGGAUACCUGAAACAGAAUCAUUAUCACCCAGUCACACUUUUAUAGAAGGUUCUGGGGAUGAGUCUUUAAUUUCAGCAAGCAUUUCCUCUUCACUGUUUAGCACUGAUACUCCAGCAGGGACAAUGUCACAUGGGAGAAGUCAGACUGAGAACUCAUCACUCUCACCUGAUGUAAAAAAUUCCGUGUCAACCAUCAGUGGACCAACAAUGAAAACUGACAUUGCAUCAUUCUAUUCUCACUCGGGUCCAGAAAGUUCAGGAGAUGGAGAUGUUCAUAGUGGAGAGUCAAAAAUAAUCACAACUUCUGUUUCUUCAAUAUUUAGCACCGGUGCACCAGUAGUGACAUCAUCACAUGAAACAAGCCAGACUGAGGACUUAUCAGUUACACCUAAAUUAAUUUCAACUCACUCAAAAACAGAGGAAGACGCUUCAGGUGAACAAAUACCUGAAUUUACCGCAAAUCUGCCUGUAUCUCCUACUUUUUCAUCCUUGUUUAGCACAGAAAAAACAACAAAACUGCUUCUUGAGGAUAAAAAUACAAUAACCACAGGUUUACCUUUAUACAUCACUGACCUUCAAGAAACAAUGUCACAUGAAAUAACAGAAAGCCAUAAACUAGGCAUGCCAUCAGUUACACGAGAACCCACCGUCUCUGAUGUGACAAAGCCAUUACCAACUAUCAGUGGACAAACAACGACGAGUGUAUUGGGAUCAUUUUAUCCUACAACACAUACAAAGAGUUCUGGAGAUGGCCCUAAUGGCGUCAGUGAAGAGACAGAAACCAUGACAACUUCCAUUUCUUCAAUCAUGAGUACAACGACACCAGCAGUGACAGAUUCACACGGGGACAUGACAAAACACAGCUUAGAGAAAGCUGUUACGACUGCACCAUCCCUUUUCAGUACUGAUGAAACUGCCCAAGUGGAUUCUGAUAUGCAAUCAUCAUUAAGUCCAUCUCAGACUGAAGAAAGUUCUGCUGUGACCCCAUUAGAUCAAGAUGGUUCAGGUGAUCGGACCCAGGACAUUCUCCGACAGUCAUAUUCUCCCAAUGCUGAAUCUACUCUCUACAUCACUGAGGCUCCACAUACACAAACGACCACGAGCUUAUCGUCUCUUCCAGAUAUUCAGGUUGAGGUGGUGAGCUCUGAUAUAACUCCAUCAGUUACUGAAUUGAGCAUUACCACUGAAACAGGAUAUUUUACAGAUAUGGAUGAUGGAAUUAUGGGUAGUGUGCUGGUUGAGUCUUUACCGUCAUCACAUAGAACAACUGUAUUACCUGGAAUGGCAAAAGACGCAGACGGUUCUGGAGACAUCAUCAAUGAUUUUACUGGGGAGUCUAAAAUUACAACAACCACAAUCUCCUCAAUGGUUAGCACUGAGACUACAGCUCCGAUACAAUCAAUUAAAGAUGUCACAAACAAUAUUUCAAAGAUCUCAGGUACUGUUGCGUCAUCCUUUCAUAGUACUAUGAAAACAGCUCCAUUGUCUCCGUUUACUACAGACAAAACCUCAAUUCUGACACAAGGAGAGCUACAUGGUUCGGGUGACCGAACCACAGACAUUCAGGAAUUUCCCAUAACUCCUUCCUCUAUGUCCACUACUGAAACACUAAAAGAAUCUUCUGCUACAGUCACAAAAAUUGAGAUGGAUCUGAGCACUGAGUCCAUUUCAUCGAAAAUUGAAUCAAGCAUAAGACCUGAACCUGAAUCACUAUCAUUUGCUAGUACCAAUUCAAAUGAAGGUACAGGUACUGUUUCAAAGGAUGAUGACAGUUUGAGCACAGUUGCGUAUGUUCCUUCUCUCAGUGGCUCAACCAUCCAACCUGGAGGUUCAUCAUUUUUCACUGUCACAAACAUAGAGGGUUCAGGAAACAACAACGAGGACAUUUCUGAAAUGGUUGAAAAAACCAAUGUUUCAAUUUUUACCACCGAUAUACCAGCAGUGACGACAGUACAUGGAGAGGACACAGUCUUAAAGACUGCUGCGUCGUCAUUUUAUAGUACAGAAGCACCAACAAUAGAGCCUUUGAUUAUAUCAUCAACAUCGACACUGGGAUCAAGUAUGACGCUUGAAACAAAAUUAUCAGUCACUGCUAUUGAGAGUUCUGGAACUCUCGUUGAUCUGACUGAAGAGUCGUUCAUUUCAGCAACAACUUACUCAUCAAUGUUUAGCACUGACAACCCAGCAGUGACGGCAACGCAUGAAAUAUCUUCUGAUUCCCUUUCACAUCAAGGUAAGAAUGAAAACUCACCAUUGCCACCAGAGACGAUAUCAACUUUUCAAGAAAUUGAGGAAGAGAGCUCAGGUGAACAAAUUACUAAGAUGCACCAGAAUGCUCAGUCUCCUACAGAAUUGCCACUUUGGGAAAAAGAAGCUUUUUCCAAAAGCGAUUCUUUAAGUAAAACAACAGAAAGCCACAAAACAAAGAUAUCUUCAAUUGCCACAGCAGACUUUGAGAGUUCUGGAGACCGUAGUGAUAAUUUAAAAGUAGACCUCAAAGUCACAACACCUAUAUUUUCUUCUAUGUUUAGCACAGGAACACCCACAGUGACUGCAUUACAUGGUGAUGGUACCAGUGACAUUUCAAAGACAUCUGUGACUGCUGUAUCAUCCUUAUUUAGUACUGAGAAACCAACUACAACUGUGUCAUCUGCUCUUUCAAGCACUGAGGACAUUGAUAAAGGAAUUAGCAGUCAUAAGAUGCUGGUUGAAUCUAUUCAAUCUCACACCGACUCAACCGUCAAAGCUGGAAUUGGACCACAUGACACCACCACAGAUUUUGACAGUUCUGGAGACAGUGCGGAUGGAUUUAUGAAGGAGUCAACAAUAACAACUAUUUCAUCAAUGUUCAGUACAGAGACACCAGCAAUUACAACUCAAAACAGUCAAGUCUCAAAAGCAUCAGUAACGUCAUCCCUCCAAAUGUCUGAAAAACACACUUCAGUAUCUCCUGCAAGACCUAAGAAUGAUGCAGUGCUGUCCACAACUGAGACAAAACCAACACACGAUCAACUUGAAGGGUCUGGUCAUCAAAUCCAAGACCUAUUUACACAGACACUAUCUUCUGUCUCCAACACUAAGAUGACUACUUCAUUCGCAGGAUCUGAGAAACAAACACUAGAGUCAGAGACACACAGUCCUGAUCAAGUAGAGUGCUCCACUGAAGCAGCACCAAAGUCCGAUUCCACUAGCCAAUCUGCUUUACCAGCAAUCACUAUUAAAACAUCUGUACAGUCGACCAUCACAACAACUCAAAAGCAAGACAGUACAGAAAAACCUUCAGGUAUUCCAAUCAUAAAUGAAUCUGAUGGAGGCUCAGAUAUUAUUUCUACGGAAGAAGAUAGUUCGGAUGGAGAAACAACUGAAAUCUUAACAGAAAAGUCUUCUGCUUUCUCGUUCUUGCCAACUACAGACAGCACAAUGGAACAUAGCAGCAACUCAGCUGUUGUUAUUGGCACCUCACAGGAAACUUCUACUAAAUCUCGGAUUUCCCUAAAGCCUUCUGUUAAAAUUAUCGACGAAACAGAACUUAUUGAUCAAAGCUCUGAAUUUUCUACGACAAUUAUAGGGAAAAAAUCGACAACCAUCUCUUCAAUGUUCAGUACAGAAACACCAGCACUAUCAACCACAUACCAUUCAACAAUAGAUCAUUCUGAGACUCCCGUUUCCCCUGUUGAUAGGACAUUCCCUGAGAAACCAACGUCUCGCUCUGUCACUGACGUACCCUCAACCUCUGUUGACAGUUCAAUAAAAACUACAGUGACUAUUUCACCUCCUAGUACAACAGUUUCAAACCCAGAAGUUAACAUCAUUGAUGAGGGUUCCGGAUACCUAAUUUCCUCUGUGACACCUUUUACGCUUACAAGCACAGAUUUCCCAGCACCUUUAACAACUAUCAUCAGUACUGACAUUAACUCAGAUAGGACCACUAUUGACCCUACUACUAGCACUGCAUUUGUUGCGGGCUCAACAUUUUCAUUCACAAAAAAUGAAGGUUCAGGUGAUGUUCCCACUGAUCCUGUUUCAAGCAUGUUUACAACAAAGACACCAUUUUCAUCCCUUGCAGAACCAAUCGCUUCGACCACGGGUCAAUCAGAAGAGUCAGCUGGCCAAAUUCUAACAGAAUCAAUCAUUUCUACUACAGAGAAGCUGUUAAAACCAACACCUCAAACUCAAACAAGUUCUGUUUUAAACCCUCAAGUCACAUCGGUGUCGUCACUGUUCAGUACUAAGAAAACAAUGUCAGUAACACCGAUUAAAGUUCAAAGUACAUUCCCUAUGUCUGUUGAAACAGAAGCUGUUGGAGGCUCAGCAGAUGCCAUAUCUGCUCUCACUAGUGCAACUUAUCCAAACACACCAGACGAAUCGUCUACAAAACAAGCAACCCAUUUGAAAACCACCAUUACACCAUCCGCCAUACUUGAGGAAGAAAGUUCUGGUGAUGGUAUUUUUCUGGUAUCAUCUAGUCCUCAUAUUUUUGAAGGGACUAAACCCAUGGUAAUCCCCAGUCACAUAUAUCCUUCAAAAGAAACUUCCACUUUUGAUGACAUGGAGAUCUCUGGGCUUUCACCCGAAGGGGAUGAUUCAGAGACAAGUUCAGAUGGAUCAGGUGGGGAUGUAUCCAUUGAAACAACCGAUGAAGCAGAAAUAGAUAAGAGCACGUAUGAAUCAUCAACUCAACCAAACAGACAGUUCUUACAGGAACUUGUGCCAUCACCCAAACAGCCACACACAACUAGCAAUGAGCUUUACUUAACCGAGCAAGGGAGUGGUGACUUUAUUGAUGAUUCGACAACUGAGGAUGAAACUUCAGGUACUGACUUUUUUCACAUCUCAACAACAUCCAAACCAAUGGCACCGUCAUCGGCACCAUCAUCAAUUACAAUCUCUUCCUUCCGAGAGAUAUUAGAAACCGGAGAAUCGAAAUCUGCCUUCACCGCAGCUUCUCUCUUCAGUACACCAGAGCCUCUUGUAACUUCGACACCUUCUCUCCUCAGCACAGUAAAGCCAAUCUUUAAAACAACAAAUGUGAUGCCAUCUGCCCAAUCAGUUGUUACACCUGUAACUGAUGACUCAGCGCCCGAUUGGAUUUCGACAGAAGGCGAGAGUUCUGGUGACCAAACCACAUAUAUGUUCACUGCCAAGCCAUCUGUUCUUAUGAGUGCUACAUUUGGAGAGGGAACAGUUGAAACUGGAACAUUUGUUUCAGUUACUCCAGCCAUAGACGAGAAGGUUUCUUCACAGAAUAUGGAUAUGACUGCAAAAACUCCCAACACUCCAGCUAUUACACAUUUUCUGGUUACUAGUACUGGUACUGAUACAUUUUCUGCAGCUGAGAAAACUACAAUGUCUUUUACAACUUUGCUUCCUCAAACAGUUGAUGCUUCACUGGAUAUUCACAGUACAACGGACCCAAGCACCAUCCACUCAAGCAACACUCCGAGUGGAGACACCAAGCCAGAUUUAAAAGAACAAACAUCCACUAUGGUGCAACAUGAGUCUCAAACAUCAACCAGCAAAAUAAUUUUACUCACAGACGAUGCAAAGAAUGAAGUUGAACAGUUGUCCCCAGUGACACAUAUCUUAAAAGAAGAAAGCCCAACGCCUGAGGUCACCCCGAGCACUGAUAUCAUAAUAGAUGCUGAUGCAAUUUCGAUCAUCUCAUCUUCUCCAUUUUACCCGACUAUUAAGACAGAAGAGGCAGGAGGUCUCUCACCAUUUACAAUGGUGCAACAAUUGGAGGUGACACAGGAACCAGAAGGUUCAGGAACUGAUACCAUAGACUUCUUCACACCCACACACACAUCAGUACCCUCUUCAGAACAUUCUUCAUCCGUAUCUGAAGGGUUGCCUUUGGAAAUUUUUUCAAGUACAGAGACACCUACUAAAUACACGAAAACAUUGCCAACACAAGCCAUUAUAAUUAAAACAGACUCAAUCAAACCAAGUCAUGGAGCAUUUUUAUUACUUGAUACUCAUACGACACCAGUACCCAAGAAGGUGCACGGAGUUGAAAAAGGUACAUUUUCAACUUCAUCACUCAGAGCGAUCACAGCCACAAGUAUUGCUGUUGAAACAUCUUCACAAAUCUCAGUACAUUCAGUCACUGUUACACCACACACACCAGUGUCCACGACUGUAAAAACAACGAGUCAAGUAUUCCGUCAAGAGUUGUCAAGUUCAUCUGACUCAGAUGAAGGCUCAGGAGGAGGAAAUGCGUUCAGCAAUGAACCCACAGAAGCAAUAGCAUCAUCCUCUGCAUGGACGACAUCUGAUAAAAGAGUAACAUCAUCGAUUUCUUCACUUUUCAGCACCAAGAAGCCCGAAACUGUUGCUGGAGCUGCCACAAAUAAAGGUAUAAAAUCAUCAAGCACUUGGUCAUCACUCUACAGUUCGGUAAAACCAGCACCCACUAUUGGAUUGGAUUUUACUAGCACCUCAAAUAAUGAAAGGUUGUCAGUUCCAACAGUGAAGACUGAAACAAUAUCACAUCUAGAUUCUUUACCUGAACAUGGUAGUGGGGAGGCUGAAAUAAUUCAAACAAUUGCUGCUUCGAGUGUCUACAGUACUGAGAGGCCAACUGUCACCUCCUUUACUGGUAUUACAAAGAUACAAUCACCUGAAUAUCUUAAUGUAACAAAGCAUCCAACGCAGACAUCUGCUACUCUGAAGAAGCUAUUCACAACAUUAUUAUAUCCUACAACCAUGGAGGGUUCUGCUGAAGAGGUCUCAAAUGGCACAACUGUUUCAUCAGGCACAGUAACAUUUAAUAAUACAAAUUCACCUGAAACGGCAAAUACCAAAGCAACAGCGUAUCCUGAUUCUGAAUCUGUAACAAUGCCCCAAUCAUCUGAAAACCUACAUGAACAAAACCUACAUGGAAUAACGGAAUCACUUACAAUGCAACCAGAAAGUACUCCAUCACCAAUGUCAAGCCCUGGAACUCCACGAGUAGCUUCCAUUAUAGAUAUUACUAAACAAUUAUCCUUUGUUGGAAAUGUGAACUCAACUACAGUUGCUCUAGAUACAGCUAGUCAAAGUUCAAGCUCCUCAGAGAGCCAAGAGGCUUCCGUCUCAGCAGAAUCACUUUACAUCACUUCAACAGAAGGAUCAUCCGUAACCGUUCCAAGUGUCUACAAUGCAGACUUGACCAGUCCAACUUCAACUCAGACAAGGUUAUAUUUGUAUCAAGAAACAUCUGGUUCUACAUCUACUGAUACUGUUUUGACAGAGGCUUAUUCAACAGAGUCACCUUACAUAGCAAGCACACCAAAACUGACUGGUAUAGUAGGUACUGGAGAGACCUCUAGCAACUACCAAGAAGUGGCGGCAACAAAACCAACAGAACAGACUUCAGAUUUUCUUUCUGGAUCAAUCCCUUCACAGGAAAGUAUUCUGGUAAAAUUUGUCACAACCUUUCAUCCCCAACAAAACCCAACACCUCCCAAAGAAUCAUUAGAGCAUGCACGUUCAGAGAUUACUCUGACACAUCGCCCUCGCACAGAUUUUUCCUCUGAAGAUGUAUCACCAACCAGUCCUAUGUCUGCAAAUCAUUUUGAGGAAUCAACAACAGAGCCUGUGCCGUCCUCGGUGGAUCAAACCGCAAUUGACCCAAGGGAUGAACAAGUUUCAAUUGGUGAAAAAAUUGUAAAAACUCCAGAGACAGAUGUUCGAGUAACACCGUCAUCUCCUAGUAGCGUUUAUGAAGACCUCGGUGAAGAGACUCCAGACUAUGAAGUAUCAAAUCCUAACUUAGUGGAAAGCAUUCCGGAUGACAAUGACAUUAAAAAAACAACUGAAAUAACAUUGUAUUCUACCAGCCAAUCUUCCAAGAGUCAGCCUUUUGACAGAAUAAACAUUACUGAAAGUGUUACUGUUCAAAAAUCAGCACCCUCUUCAAAUUCUCAAGGUGCUUCAGAAAGCACUAGCAGCUUUGAAUAUGGAAGGAGUACAGCAACCCAGUACAAUCAAGAACAAGACCAAGAGUUCACUACAGUGACACCAGCUGAAAUGCAAAGCCAUAAUAUGCUAUCAGUCACAUUGCUGGCCAGUAUCCAACCACCCUCAGACAUGGGUAACAAAUUAAACAGUGACAUAACUCCAUCUCCAUCAUUCACUGGAGGAGAAUCACAUAUGACAGAGGAAGGCACAAGUUCACUUCCUGAUCCAGAACCCGAACAGGGGAACACAAUUAUAGAAGAGGCUGUUGAAAUUUCAGGAAUUGACUCGUGUACAGAAAACAUAUGUCUAAAUGGAGGAUCUUGCCUGAUGAGUGGCAGCAUCCCAACAUGUAGCUGUGCACCUGGUUAUGGCGGUGAUCACUGUGAAACAGAUAUUGAUGAGUGUCAGUCCAACCCAUGCCGUAACGGAGGCACAUGUGUUGAUGGAGUAGCUUGCUUUCAAUGUGUUUGCCUACCGAGCUACGCUGGACUAUUUUGUGAGGAAGAUACAGAGGGCUGUGAAUAUGGCUGGCACAAGUUUCAGGGCCAAUGCUACAAGUAUUUCCCCACCAGAAAAAAUUGGGAUGCAGCAGAGAGAGAAUGUCGCAUGCAAGGAGCUCAUCUGAUCAGCAUCCUGUCCCAUGACGAGCAACAGUUUGUCAACCGUCUUGGACAUGAUUACCAAUGGAUCGGCUUGAAUGAUAAGAUGUUUGAUAGUGACUUCCGCUGGACUGAUGGCAGCCCCACGAAUUAUGAAAACUGGAGGCCCAACCAGCCAGACAGUUUCUUCUCUGCCGGAGAAGAUUGUGUGGUGAUGAUCUGGCAUGAGGACGGCCAGUGGAAUGACGUUCCAUGCAACUACCAUCUCACUUUUACUUGCAAGAAGGGCACAGUGGCCUGCAGUCAGCCUCCACAAGUGGAGAAUGCCAGAACCUUUGGGCGACAACGCGACCGCUAUGAGGUCAACUCACUCGUCAGGUACCAGUGCGGCAAGGGCUACAUUCAGAGGCACCUCCCGACAAUCCGUUGUCGUGGCGAUGGACGUUGGGAUGUUCCGAAAAUCACCUGCAUGAACCCAUCCAACUAUCAGAGAGGCUUCUUGAGGAAGCAUCAACACAAAAAUCUGUACAGCAUCAACAACUUCAGGCAAUGGCCAGAUCAGGCCUACCAUCUUUACCAUCAGCGCUACAGGGGACGAAGAGAUAAGCCGGAACACAAACGGAAGAGCAUCUGACUGCCGGUAUGUAGUUUUAGAACAAAUUGUGUGUGGAAAAUAAGGAACAUGGACAAGGGAGUGCAAAUAAAGAGGACCUGCCUUCUGGAUGACAAUGGAAUUUUGAGAAGUGCCUUUUAAAGAAGAUGAACUUUUUCUAUCAAGAGACACUGAAUUUUAACGUUGCCUUCAUGGAGAAAUACUUGGCUACUGGAACUGCAAAGGAACAAAAAAAAGGGCACUUUUUUACUUGGUUUUUAAAAAGUGCAACAAUGACUGUUACUUCCUGACCUACGUAAAGUCGGCCUUCAUCAGAAGCAAAUUCAUGAUGAUGUCAAUCAUUUGUGCUACAUUUGUGCUAUAAAAAGUUUCGUUUGUGCUGCUAUCAUUUUUUUUUUGGAGAUAUUUACAAUUCUUCUAUGGGUCAAUCAUAGGUAAACCGUUUUGAUCUAAACCGUCUAAAAAUGUGUUUGGUUUGUGCUGCAACGGUUUUGUAGAUAUUCUGCAUUUAAUUUGCAGUGAUGACGUCUCGCAGUCCCCCAUUUACGGUGGAACAGAAAUGCACUGGUGCUGUUGGCCUGUGUUUUGUUUGUGCUCUAAAAAAUUUUCUUUUGCGUUGCAACGGUUUUAUAGAUAUUCUGCAUUUAAUUUGCAGUGAUGACGUCACGCUGCCCCCUCAUCUAUGGCUGAACGGACUGUAAUGGUGCUGUUCUUUUGUGUUUCAUUUGUGCUAGAAAAAUUUUGUUUGUGCUGAAAUGGUUUUGCAGUUAUUACAUUUUUUUGAAUUUAUUUUUGGGUCCUCGAGCACCAGUAACAAAUGUUAAUAAGGCCCUUGUGCGAUAAGUAUAAACGGGCCCUAGAAGUGAACCUCUGGCGGGUGGGGCAUAGACUUCAUAAUGAUACUGACGGGACUCGGGACCAAUUAAUAGGGUGCCUGCAUUAUUGGCGUGGCCGUCAAAGUUGGCCGAGUGGAAUCACAGACAAAUAGAUUUUUCAUUGACAUUUCUGUGAAUAAAUGCUUAAAUCCCUGAAUUCUUCAGAGAUAUGGACGUAAAACACUCUUGAUUCUUGGUUAAAAGCAAAAAAAAAAAACAAAAAAAAACAUGCAGUUAGCAUUUAUUUUACGUAAAUAUGUCGAAGUACGACGCUAGUUUGUCAGUCAAUGUGGCGGCCGCCAUAUGUAAACAGAGCUUUUUUCCAGUUAAAAUUCAUGGGAAUAAAUGCUUAAAUCCCUGAAUUCUUUAUAGAUAUGGACGUAAAUCAGUCUCGAUCCUUGGUUAAAAGCAAAAAAAAAAACAAAAAACAUGCAGUUAGCAUUUAUUUUACGUAAAGUUGUAAGUAUGAUGCUAGUCUGUCAGUCAAUGUGGCGGCAGCCUUACAACAAAGUUUUUUUUACGUUGAAAAUUCAUGUUAAAAAAACGAAAAUUAUAAUAAAUACCUUGAAUCCUCAAACAAAUCACUCCUGAGACAAUCCUUCCUGUAUGUAUGCGGUACAGCUUUCGUACCUUUUCAACAUAAAUCCGGCAUUGGAUUGCUGCAUGUGUCGCUGCAACCGACUACGAAUUACUGAAGCAGAUUUUGGGAUGGCCCCAUACUUGAAGGCGUGGCGCAGUGAAGGUCGAAUUUGACCCAUCAAUAUCAUUAUGAAGUCUAUGGAUGGGGGUCCAUUGGAUAAUUAUCUGCAGGCCCCUCCACACUUUCGUGGGCCCCUCAAAACGAUCGUCUAAUGUGCUAGGCAGGAGUGCUUCCAGUGGAAAGUUUGUUGCAGGCCCCCCCAGUCAACCAGUUGAACGGAUGGGGUGGAUUUGCGAUAUUAUUCACUUAUAUGUAGAUAUUAUAACACUUAAAUACUAUAUUCCUGCUCCGCGCAUCUUCUUACCUGUCUGUUUGACCAACCCCUCGCACAACCACGCCCCCUUUUACGCCCGCAAACCGGGGCUCCUAUAGGCUCAGGUGCUCAUUGUGUCAAAACCGGUCCUCAAUGGUCGUAGUGCACAGACCAUUUAGCCAAUGAGAUCUCUGCUAGAACAAGCAAAACCUGACUACAAUCAACUUAUUACACUAGUAAGUCGUCCUGUUUUGAUGGAAAGAAAUCCUGCACCCACUGCGGCCCUAUGUGGAAUAAUUCAGGGAGCUCCCCCUCUAAAAUGGAUUGAAAUGAGCAUAUAAUUACCAAAACCUGUUUUGUGGUGGUAACGCCAUCAGUAAAAAAAAAAAAAAAAAAAGAUAAUACAUAUAAAACCGUAGCAACACAAUCGACAGUUCUUACUGCACAAAUGAAAGGUAACAUUUCCGGUUCAAUUGGGGUGUGUGUGUGAAGGUCUGGUGGACUCUGGAUGACCGAUAAAAAAUAUUUGUAAUAACUCCAACAGCACAAACCAGCACAAACGUAGCACAAACGAUUGACAACAUUUUUAUAUAAAUUUGCGUCCUGACCCAACUUUACGGAGGUUACUUCCUGACAUGAGUGUUACUCGAUUCACUCAAUCCAUCUGAGCUAUUUCACAUUGCUGUAAGUGGUCCUUCAUAAAAUUAAAAAAAAAAAAAUAGCGCUUACGUUAUGUACGUGAAUUUUUCAAUUCUGCCUUGCCGGUUUAAGAGGGCUUUGGUGACAUUUCAGUUCAUAGUUUCUUAAUUUUAAGUGAAACUAAUUGAUCUCUGAUUUGGAAUCAAUCCUCAACGGGAAAGACAACACCUUUAUUAUGUCCAUCCCAGCGGAAAAAAAAUUAUUUUAUAAACUGAAAGAACACAGGAUUACAUUUUUCUGACGUGUAAUAGUGGAGAAAAACAUAAACAAAAGCAAGUGUUACCAGGAAGUAGCAGCCCAACAUUCUGGUACUAUUUCAGCCAGAGGAAAUGAUUUGAGUAUCCCAAACUGCUCGCCCUUCCUCGUUAGGUCAUCAAUACCCAUUUUCAUAUGCACCUAUCCUUGGGUCUAUCAGUGUGUAAGUGCGUGGGUGUAACCGACAUCACAAAAUGGCAGUGGCAUUUUUUUUUUGUGUGUGUGUGUGUUAAAACAUUAUUUUCUCCAUUUUCACAGGUCUUAAAAAAUGGCAGUUUCAUGCUUAAAUACUUUUACAUACUUAAAUACACUCUUUUACAUGAAUGUUAUUUAUACUAGGUGUAGUCUUUCCUUUAAAGUGGCGGCAGCUUUCAAAGGUACCAUUGGAAUAGAAAGUUCUAAAGGUAUCUGUUCCUCAACUCCAACAUUGAUGUGCAGAUAUCUGUGGGAGGAUCUUUUUUCACGUCAUUAUUUACAUUUCUCGCAUUGACCCACGUUCGGCAAGUACUUUUGGGCUACAACGUAUUGAGAAAUAUCUUCUUUUCAAUAUAUUGUCACACCCCUAUAUAUAAGCAGGCGGGUACGCUACAGUGGCAAAGUAUGCUAAUCUGACAGAACAUAACCUAGAUUUCUGCUGAUCGUGACAGGGUUUGCAAGGCUCACUUUGGUCAUGGUAAAUUCUAGUGACUAUUUAUUUGUCAAAACAACCAAAUACCCAUGUGGCGAAAAUACGUCAAUAAAGAUUCUCCUAAAUAACGAUUCGAUAAAUAUUCCAUGCCCUUCAGUGGUAUUAUAUAAAGUGUUGCUGGAUUUUUGACAUGUUUACAAUAAAUAAUGCUGUUUAAAUUUAUACAAUACAGAACAUUGCUCUCAUCUGCUACUUCUGAGCUACACUUUGGGAAAGUUAUGACUAUUGUCAGUAGAAUGUAUUUUGUGAAACAUUUUGAAAGACUUGAACGUUUAAGCAGAGUUUCAUAUAAUCUCCUUAAAUGUUUGUACUUUAUUUGCCAGCAAGAAUCACAUGGAUGAUGUUGGCCAACAUUGCAAAAUCAUUAAUAACAGCGAUGAAUUUCUGUACAUAAUAAUGUACCUUUUUGUUGUGUUGGGAAUUAUUUGUGAAUGUCCUUAUGAGUGUCUUAAUGUGCACAAAAUAUUCUUUUAUAUUUAUAACAAUUCUUGUGUCACACUGUGAAUGUCUGAAAUGUUGAGUUUUUAUUUCUAUUUGAAGAGGUCACCCUGUUCACCCUCUGCUUUAGCUCACCAAAGAAAUAAAAAUGAAUAUGUAAAUAUAAUGAGCAGUUUAUUUUGGAAGUGUUGCGCUGAACCAGCAGAUAGCGCUGUUGGACAAAUAUUUUCCUCUCUGGUGAGGAGCCCAUUUUUGAAUGUGGUUCAAAUUUGGCGAUUGACGUCCAACCUAUUUCACCCCCUCACAGUCAAAAUAGAUUAGAAGUCUUAUUUACAUCAAUGGCAGCCAAUCAGUUAAGCAGGGGUGGAUCUAGAAGAAUAUUUAUGGGGUGACGAGAAGGGGGCAAGAGCUUGUUUAGGGUGGCAAAGAUCUCAUGAUGGUAUAAUACAUGGGUCCCAAACUUUUUCCUGUGAGGGCCACAUAACUUUUUCCUUCUCUGAUGAGUGGCCGGGUCAUUUUGUAACAGAAAAAGUGU